GUUAAUUAUUUGCAGGCUACACUCCACACUGCUUCCAGCGGAUUGGCAAAAAAUAACAUUAAAAUCGCCCUGUGGAUAAUCGCAAUAUUGCCGAGCCGAAAUCGUCUGUGAAAUCGCUAAUUAGCGGUCAGCACCAGCGCCAGCUAAAGAAUUCGCGGCACCGGCAGUGGGCCAAACGAGCCGAUUUUGCGGUUGAAAAAAACAGGCGGCGGCGUCGACACGCGGACCGAACCGAAGGAUCCGAACCAAACCGAUCCGAUCUGAUCCGGAGAAGCCUCCAGGAGCCACGGAGCCACAGGACCAGCACCCCGCACAAGAGAUGGACGUGUACGACGUGAGCGAUGAUCUGGUGAAGAAGCUGAACGACUGGAAGCUGAUCGGCAUCAUAUCCGGCAAGUUCAACGAGCUGAAGGAGAACCACCGCAAGGUGGACUUCGUGGAGCGGGCGCUCAUUGACUUCAAGUACAUGGAGAAGAUCUUCCUGAACGUGACGCUGCGGGAGGACAAGUGCAACAAGCGGAGCGUCGAGUUCCGGAUGCUGGGCAACGAGCAGUUCUCGCUGAAGAACCGGAAAUACUUUCAGGCCCUGGAGCUGUACAACAAAAGCAUAUGCUAUGCCGAGCCCAACUCGGAGCACCUGUCCAUAGGCUAUGCCAACCGGUCGGCGGUGCUGUUCGAGUGGAAGCGCUACCGGGAGUGCCUGGCCAACAUCGAGCUGGCCAGGAAGGCCAACUACCCGGCGAGACUGAGCCACAAGCUGGACAAGCGGGAGCGGGACUGCCAGCAGCUGCUCGACCAGCAGCCGCCGGAUGUGGUGCCCUACGAGUUCAAGCUCGGCUUCGAUUCGCACGCCCAGGUGCCGUACAUCGCCGACUGCUUGGAGCUGCGCGAGUCCGCCGACGAGGGUCGCUUUGUGGUGAGCAAUCGGGACCUGGUCGUCGGCGACCUGGUGGCCGUGGAGCAGCCCUUCUGUUCCACCCUGCUGCCGCCCAUGCGGUACAUUCGGUGUGCCACCUGCAAGCGAGAGAACUACCUGACCCUUGUGCCCUGCGACAUCUGCUGCUCCGUGAUGUUCUGCUCCGAGGACUGCAAGCAGCGGGCCAUGGCCACCUACCACCGCUUCGAGUGCCCCAUCAUUGACUUUCUGCACCGCAUGUUCAACAAGAUCCACGGCAUCGCGCUGCGCACCACGCUGGCCGCCCUGGAUCUCUAUCCCAGCAUCGAGGAACUGAUGGCGUUCUGCGAGCAGCCGCAGAACCAGCACAAGUGCGCCUUCGACCUGGACUACGGGCAGCUGUCGCCGCAGGAGCACUAUCGGGCCAUCCACGGACUGGUGACCAACCAGCACCUGCGCUCCGUCUCCGAUCUCUUCCAGCGCUCCGUGGUCUGUGCCGUGCUCAAGCACUUUAUAAUCGAAUACACGCCGCUCAAGGAGCACCUGGGCGGCGAGGAGGGCAUGAACUUCUUCACGGAUCUGCUGUUCCGGCACCUGCAGACCUCGCCCUCGAAUAUGCACGGCAUCGAUCUGGUUGAGCAGGUCAACGAGACCAAGGACGACCAGACGCACUCUUCGGGGGCGUACGCCUUCCUCUCGCUGCUGAAUCACUCGUGUGCGCCCAACACCUUGAGGAUAUACGAGGGCACCAAGGCGUACCUGUUCGUCCUGCGGCCCAUUAAGGCGGGAAAUGUGCUCUACGACAACUAUGGCGCCCACUUCGCCAUCUUCAGCAAGCAGCAGCGGUUGGACACGCUGUCCAUGCAGUACCGCUUCGACUGCAAGUGCGAGGGCUGCGAACUGGACUACCCCACCUUCGGGCGGAUGCCGCACAAGGCGACGGUGCCGUCGGUCACGGAUGACACGGACAUGAAGUCGCUGGGCGCCUACAACUACGACUUUGCGGUGAGCAACUACCGCAAGUACUGCGACUUUCUCACGCAAUACGGAGCCGCCUAUCCGUGCGAGCAGAUCAGUUCCGCGGAGGAGUGCCUCAAGAUGGCCCUGCAUAUCAUGGUGGACGCAGUGCCGCUCAAGGCGAAGAUGUAAUAGGAUCCUGCCGCUGGAGAAACCAACACCACAACCACCACCAACACGGACGAACUUUUCCUUUGCUGACUCCGAUGGGAGGCAGCGUAUUACAAGCGAGACACACAAAACGAGGAGAGUAAUUGAUUAUAUUCAUGUUGUUGCCAUAAGUCUGGAGCGCAGGCAGCAGCGCGAUGAGGAUGAUGAGGAGCACGCCCUUAACUUUUAUAUUUGUAAUUGUACAUUUCGACCCUUGGUUCUAUUUUACCCUGCACCGCACACCCCCACCACACAUUU